GUACCGUAGUUUGGGCGCGUACGCACAAAAUGUAAACAGAAGAAGACGAAAAAAUGGAGGGAAGCGAAGCAGUACUCGAGACGUUGUCAAACGACAACGCUACAACAGCACACAGCACUGAUGAAUCCACGGGAAUAUCGUCACAAGGUGUUGCAAACUCCGAAGCAGCUUGUAAAGUCUCCAAAAAAGACGAGCCUCGAGGGAGCAGGUUGAAGCUGUACGAUAAAGUCAUUGAGAAAAGCUUGGAAACGUUCAUGGACAUGGCCAGUUCUGACAGGUUUUCCAGCAUGUUCCAUCAGCUCUACAAGAUAAACCCUCAGAGAAUGGAAAACAUUCACAAGCAGUUUGUAGACGAGUUGCGGAGAGCUGUCAAGGAUGAUAUCAGCAAACUGAAUGAAGAAGCGGGACUAGAGUCCAAACUAAAUGAGCUGGACAAACUGGAAAGUGCUGCUAAAAUCAAUCCAGACCCUGCAUGGCGUCCCUCUGGGAUUCCAGAACAAGACUUUAGCGGCUUUAUAAUGCCGUUGUAUCAAAAGCAGGAGGCUUACUUGCGGCGGGAGCUCAAAAAGAUCCAGGCUGAGAAUGCUGCCCUUGCACAAAAAGUUCAGGCUGGUAGGGAAAAGAUUGCUCAGACCGAACAUCGGAUUUCCACAGCUGUUGCUGAGUGGGAGGCAUCGGCCACUGAAUUUGAAAGCCUGGCAUCAUCAUUAUGCCCUGCAGAUGUUUUUGAUGUGUAAUCUUUCAAAUAAUUGGCUGUAAUCUUUCAAAUAUUUGGCUGAUUAACGGAUACAACUCUCUAUUUUUUCUUG